AUCUUCUCCAUCCUAGAGCAGAGAGUAAAGGCUUCCGGGGAGAAAGUUCGAACAACGGAGACACAAGUGCUGGUGGCUACGCCUCACAAACACUUACUCACUGCGAGACUGAAGCUUAUCUCCGAGCUGUGGGACGCAGGGAUCAAGGCAGAGAUGCUGUACAAAAAGGAUCCUAAACUGCUGAAGCAGCUGCAGUAUUGCGAGAACAUGGGGAUCCCCCUUGCUGCUAUUGUAGGAGAGCAAGAACUGACAGAUGGAGUUGUCAAGCUGCGAGAUGUUGCAACAAGAGAGGAGGUUGAUAUCCCAAGAGAAAAGCUUGUUGAUGAGAUCAGAAGAAGGCUGGAGCCCUAG